AUGGACCAAUUGACCCAAAACUACAAUUUAUUUCAUUUCAUAUUUUUCAUGUCUGCUAUGCUGAGAGAUAUCAUGGACAGGUUCCCGAUCGACCCUUACGAUCGCGUUUGGAACCCCUACAACGAUCCCUCCUGGCUCACCUUGUCCACCGACUCGACCGUGGACAACAGGCUCGAUUCUUUCGAGCCGCCGUCCGCUGUGAUGCAGACGGCGGUGACUCCGGCCAGUGGCUCGCAGCUGGCCUUCGCCUGGGACUCCGUCUCCCCCGACGACAAGCUUUACACCAUUCUGCACUUCGCCGAACCCCAGAAUCUGACGGGAAGCGCAACGAGGGUGUUCGACAUCAUCUGGAAUGACGAGUCCUGGGUUAGUGGGUAUACCCCGCUUUACCUCUCGGCUGAUUGCCAAUACGACUCUGAGCCAUUCGAAGCCAAUUUUGAGUAUCAAUACGUGCUCAACGCGACGAGCGACUCCACCCUCCCGCCCAUCAUCAACGCCUUCGAGGUCUACACGUUGAUGCAGCUCACACAUGCCGCCACCGACUCCGCAGACGUUGACGCCAUGAUGGCAAUCAAAUCACACUAUCAACUUAAGAGAAAUUGGAUGGGUGAUCCAUGUGCUCCGAAAGAAUACGUAUGGGAUGGCUUGAAUUGUAGCUACAAUACUGAUCCACCGAGGAUCACAAAUAUAAAUUUGACUUCCAGAGGAUUGACUGGUGAAAUAUACAUCUCUUUUGCCAUGCUUGAAGCUGUCAAGUACCUGGACUUGUCUCACAACAACUUUAAUGGAACAAUACCUGAUUUUCUAGGCAGUUUAUCAUCUCUCCUUGUCCUAGAUUUGUCUUUUAACAAUUUAACAGGAACAGUACCCCGAUUCUCUUGAAAAUCUUGUAUCACUCCAAAUUCUAAAUUUGGCAGGAAACAAUUUCAAUGGAUCUGUUCCUGAGAAACUCUGCAAAAGGUCAGAUGCUGGGUUACUUAUACUCAGGCUUGACAAAAAUGGCUGUAACAAAGCGUCUUCAUCAAGGUCUAAAACAGCUAUCAUUGU